AUGGAAGACUCUUACAGAGAUAGGACUUCAUUAGUGAAAGGAGCUAAAGACAUUGCCAAGGAAGUGAAGAGGCAUGCUGGGAAAAACAGAACCGUAGAAGUAGAGGCAGAUGGAUAUGCUCCAAGAUCCCAUAAUGAGUACUAUAAUGAAGAAGAAGAUAAAUAUUAUGCACAUGGAAAAUAUAAUGAUGAAGCUAAUGAAGAUGAAGGAUCUAGUGAAGCAACAGAAGGUCAUGAUGAAGAUGAUGAAAUUUAUGAGGGAGAAUAUCAAGGCAUACCUGGCAUGGGGCAAGGUAAAGAUGGUAUGGCCUUAGGUCAACCAAUACCCGAUGAGUAUAAAGAUCGGCAUGAGCUAGAAAGCGAGAGGAAAGCUGAUGAAGAAGAACUGGCGCAACAAUAUGAGCUCAUUAUUCAAGAAUGUGGACAUGGUCGAUUUCAGUGGACUCUGUUCUUUGUACUUGGAAUGGCAUUAAUGGCUGAUGGAGUAGAAGUGUUUGUAGUUGGAUUUGUGUUGCCCAGUGCUGAGACAGACAUGUGCAUACCUAAUUCUGGCUCUGGAUGGCUUGGCAGUAUAGUCUACCUUGGUAUGAUGACUGGAGCAUUCUUCUGGGGUGGAUUGGCUGACAAGGUGGGAAGGAAACAGUCUCUACUGAUAUGUAUGUCCGUCAAUGGUUUCUUUGCCUUCCUUUCUUCAUUUGUCCAGGGAUAUGGACUAUUUCUACUCUGCCGUUUACUUUCAGGAUUUGGUAUUGGGGGAGCACUUCCAACAGCAUUUUCCUACUUUUCGGAAGUUCUUGCACGAGAGAAGCGAGGAGAACAUUUGAGUUGGUUAUGUAUGUUUUGGAUGAUCGGGGGAAUCUAUGCAUCAGCCAUGGCUUGGGCAAUAAUUCCACAUUAUGGUAAGGUUACGUCCGCUUCACAGCAGUUUAUUGAAUUUCACCACUUUAGAGGAUGGAGUUUCAGUAUGGGAUCUGCCUACCAGUUUCACAGUUGGAGAGUGUUUGUCAUUGUAUGUGCACUUCCUUGUGUUUCAGCAGUAGUUGCCCUCACUUUCAUGCCAGAAAGCCCACGGUUCCUGUUAGAAACUGGAAAACACGAUGAAGCUUGGAUGAUCCUUAAGCAAAUUCAUGAUACAAACAUGAGAUCCCGGGGUCAACCAGAAAAAGUGUUCACAGUUCAAAGAAUUAAGACUCCAAAACAAUUUGAUGAACUCAUUGAAAUUGAGUCAGACACAGGAACCUGGUACAGAAGAUCCUUUGUCAGAGUAAAAACGGAGCUUUAUGGUAUAUGGUUGACGUUUAUGAAGUGCUUUGACUAUCCAAUUAAAGAUAACACAUUAAAGUUGACUGUAGUGUGGCUCACCUUGUCAUUUGGCUACUACGGAUUAUCAGUCUGGUUUUCUGAUGUGAUCAGACAUCUACAAGCAGAUGAAUAUGCCUUAAGAGUAAAGAUUUUUACUAACGAUAACAUUUCAAAUUACAACUUUAACUUCACGUUAGAGAAUCAGAUUCACAAAAAUGGACGAUUCAUCAAUGACAGAUUUGUAUCGAUAAAAUUUAAGUUUGUAAUCUUCCAAGACUCACUGUUUGAAAAAUGCUACUUUGAGGAUGUUACGUCACUGAAUACCUACUUUAGAAACUGCACCUUUAUAGAAACACAGUUUAUUAACACAGACUUUGAAGAAUCUAAAUUUCCUGAAAGUGAUAUAUCAAACAUCUCAUUCUUGGAGCCCAAAAUUGGGUGCCAGGUGACAUUUGAGGAUGACUAUAGUGCUUACUGGAUAUACUUUGUUAAUUUCUUGGGAACACUGGCAGUUCUGCCAGGCAACAUCAUAUCAGCUCUUAUGAUGGAUAAGAUUGGACGAUUAACCAUGCUAGGAGGUUCUAUGGUACUUUCUGGCAUUAGCUGUUUUUUCUUGUGGUUCGGAACCAGUGAGUCAAUGAUGGUGGGCAUGCUGUGUGUAUACAAUGGUCUUACCAUUUCAGCAUGGAAUUCCCUUGAUGUGGUCACGGUCGAACUGUACCCUACAGACAAAAGGGCAACAGGCUUUGGCUUUCUCAAUGCACUAUGCAAAGCUGCGGCUGUACUUGGAAACUUGAUAUUUGGAUCCCUAGUUGGAAUCACCAAAGCUAUUCCAAUUCUGCUAGCCUCUACUGUGCUUGUAUGUGGAGGCCUAGUGGGACUUCGACUACCUGACACCAGAAACCAGGUGUUGAUGUAACUCGCAAAAAAAGCCAUCAUCGAUUUUAAUUCCCUGUGUUCCGCUGCAAUGAUCAACCUGUUUAACAAAGUCUUCAGAACUUCAACAUUUAAAAGCCUGACCACAUAUUAAUUAAUUGUAGCUGUCCACUCGCUGUGAUAAAUGUCUAGUAUUAAAACCAUUCUUCG